UGCUCUAACCUUUUUUACGCUAAAUGGUAUGCUGUUGCAGCAUAGUUUUCCAAUCUGCUAAGUGCUUGCUUUUUGAGCUUAAGGGAGUGCGUUAGAAUAGCUGUCACUUUGACACUUCAACGCGUCGCUAUCUGGUACAUCGCCGAUGAAUUCCUCAGAAGAAGAGGUACCGAAAACUAUAAACUUAGAUUUCGGUAUCCAGCGGAAGUUCAGCUUCCUGCCCGAAGACUGGGCCAAGGAAAGCUUCGAAAAUGAUCACAAGUUUAUCCAUCACCAAGACGAAACCACCUACACGUAUUCAGCUGUUCCUAGCAGAGGUGUGGAGAAGCCUAUCACCAGGUUCUGUACAGGCAGCAAGUACCUGGGAGAAUGGAACGAAAUCGGCGUAGCAGGAAAGGGGAUCUAUAAGUUCGCUCAUGGCGUCAUCUACGACGGCACCUUCAACGCGGAAGGGGAAUUUCACGGCAUGGGCACCCUCGUCUACCCCAACGGUCAGAGGGUCGAAGGUAUCUGGAAAAAUGGAAAACUCGCCCCGGAUCACAGUUGUGUCAUCGAGGGAGGCGUGUUCAUGACAGAUCAGUAUUGCAAAAUACCGGAUAGGAGAUUCCACGUGGAGGUGAAAGACGGUUUCGGGCCUCCCGGACGGGAGUUCCUCACCAACGAACCUCCUCCGUCUAGGCCGAUACCCGAGGGGUGUUACGACACAGGUGGGGGUUACUACGACCCCAAACUGAGGUCUAUCGUCGCGUACAAGCGUCGGGAGUCCGUGGGGCCCAGUUUGGAGGAGUUGAUCGCGGAAAGGGAGACCAAAUGGCGCUCCGCGUUUUCCAAAAUGAUGAGCGAGUCGAUAACAGAAGCCGUCUUCAGAGAGGUGAUGAAGGGCAAAAUGGCGGAGGAUGGUGGUGAAGUGGUCGGCAUACCUUCGCCACGCCUCGAGGCCUGGAUAGUGGAACAUUGCAGGAAAGGUUGGGACGAAAACGUCGGAUAUAAACCGGAGUUGUACGAGGAAUGGACGACCGGCGCCAAGCCAAAACAAUGAACACAACAUAUGAAUAAUAU